AUGUCUCCAGCAAAGCUUGGUCCUGAGUGGGAAAGCUUCGCUCAGGCCGAACCCAACAUACCAAAACCACAGUCGACUCAGGAGUAUCGUGAGUAUAAGGAAUGGCGCGGAAAGGAGACACAGGCACACCUCGCCUCUCCCACCUUUGCCAUGCUCGCCGAAAGGGUAGCAGUCGACAACAGACACAUCGAACUACCCGAAGCUCCAGGCCACAAAUUCCCCCUGCGUGUCUACCGACCAUCAAGGGCUAAGCCACAAGACAAGUUUCCCGUCAUGCUAUACUUCCACGGCGGCUAUUGGGUGGGCGGGGACGCCAACUCUGAGGACCUGGGCUGCCGUGCUAUCAUCGCCAGGGGUAACGACAUCGUCGUCGCGUCCUUCAGCUACCGUACCAUGCCGGGCGUCGCCUGGGACCAGGUCCUGAGAGACGCCGAGCUGGCCAUGAGGUGGAUUGCCAGGCCCGAUAAUGCCGCGUCCGUGGGCGCGGCCACGAGCAAGGGCUUCCUGAUAGGCGGUGCCGAGGCGGGCGCCCACCUGGCCUGGUCCCCAGAUCCCACCGGAAUGGGCAUGUUCACAAAUGCUUUGGAUGUACCAGAGAGUGAGAAGCGCAAGGGGGAGAACUUUCCCAUGUGGGAGAGUGAUAUGAAAGGGCUGCCACCGGCCGACAUACCCAUGGACGGGUGCGAUCCUACCAGGGAUCAGGCGUUCCUCUAUACGGAGUUGCUGCAGCAGGCGGGGGUGCUGACUAGGACGGACUACUACCAAGGACUGCCCAAUAUGUUUGUUCAGUUCCCAGAGCUUCCUUCUACUCUCAAGGCCGGUGGGCACUUAGCGGCAGGAGUUGCCUGGUUGUUGCAAGAAAGGAAGUGA